UUGAUGGUCUAUCUCCAUUCCUUCCAGAAGUAGGAGCUUUGGCAGAACAGGGGUCGAUUAGGGGGGCUUCGGUGCUGUCGUGGAAGUGUCCACCUAGCUCUAGCGAUGUGGGUCUUGGUGCUGGUGCUAGGGCUGGUCUGGCUGGCUGGGCUGUCCAACGCUCAGAACGAAACGGAACCUAUCCUGUUGGAGGGCAAGUGUCUGGUGGUCUGUGACUCCAACCCGACCGCCGACCCCACUGGCACAGCGCUUGGCAUCUCCGUGCGCUCCGGCAGCGCCAAGGUGGCUUUCUCUGCCAUCAGGAGCACUAACCAUGAGCCGUCCGAGAUGAGUAACAGAUCUAUGACCAUCUACUUCGACCAGAUACUGGUAAACAUUGGAAGCAAUUUUGAUUCAGAACGAAGCACGUUCAUAUCACCAAGAAAAGGGAUUUACAGCUUCAAUUUCCAUGUGGUAAAAGUGUACAAUCGUCAAACAAUCCAGGUGAGUCUAAUGUUAAAUGGAUGGCCAGUGAUAUCUGCUUUUGCUGGUGACCAGGAUGUGACAAGAGAAGCAGCCAGUAACGGAGUUCUUAUUCAAAUGGAAAAAGGAGACAGAGCUUAUUUAAAACUAGACAAGGGAAACUUGAUGGGAGGAUGGAAGUUUUCCACAUUUUCUGGAUUUCUGGUAUUCCCCCUUUAAAUCUGACUUAAUCUAAGAGCAGCAAGGAGAGAAGGUUUGUUGCUAUUGCCCUCAAAUAGCUUCAAUUAGAGACUCAGAAUGGACAUUUUUCACUUUCAGAUAUUCAAGACCCCGUAUAUCUAAUUGUGUGUUUACCUGCUUCGGAAACUAUUAUUGUAACAGACAAGGAACUAGUGGGAUCAGCUGUCAUUUCAUUAAACGUCGCUUUAGGAGCAAAUGUCUUCUGUCCACAUCCUUAGGAGAAUUACUAUGUCAAAAAGGCGUACAUGUUUAUUUUAAUUAUUUUUGAGCACAGUCUAUAUGCCAUCUGUAAAUUUUGUUUUCUCGGCUUGACAGCCAGUAGAAAAUACCAUAGAGAUAUCAUGAGUACUGGCUGCUAGUAUCCCAGAUAACACCAGAACUAUCUUCAAAGGCACAGUUGAUGUAUUUCAGUAUUUCUCUGUAAUUUUGAGUGAUUGUGGAAAUAAAGACUGCUACACGUCCGAUGCUUGUUCUGCUCUUUAAAAUGUGGCCCAAAUACAAGCGAUAGAAUUAUAUCCAGCUAUCAGUAUUAUACUCCGUACUAUAGGUGUGAAUGCUGGAAUGUUGUUAUGCUUCAAGUCCUUAAGUCAUAGGUUUUUUUUUUUCUUUGAAGUUUAAAUUAAAAAUGUGUAAGUGUAAACCUACAAUUUCCCAGACAUAUGCCAAAUAAUUCUGUGAAUACUUUGAAAGAGAAUCAAAUUAUGUAAAAUAUUUUUUUUACUCAACAGAAUUUUGGAUUUAUGUUAUUUAUUUAUUUAUUCAUUCUGUUUUCAGUUUUUUUUUGCAUUUUAACUUUUUUAAUUUGUAAAAUUUGCAUGUUUAGUGUUCAUUUUAUCCCAGAAUUACGAGCUUCAAAUUGUACGUUAAAAGGAAAACAAAAUAUUUAAAGGUAUUAGGUAAAUAGAUAUAUCAACUGUAUAUACAGUACAAAUUAUAUAAAAUACUAUAUUUUAAAGUACUUUUUCUUUAUUCAGAUGCUACCUGGUAUGCAGCCGUCUGAAAUGUCACUGUUUAUAAUUUCAUACUCUUGUCAUUUGUUUGCUAAUUUAUUUUUAUUGUUAUUAAAAAAUGAAAUGCUAUAAUUUUGCAGCUCUCAGAGAUGACUACUUUUAUGGGAGGAGAUUCGAUUGUACCUUAAAUUAUCAGUAAAAUAAA